UAUAAUCCUUGAUCUGUCCCCCGGUCGAUGCACGAGAUUGACAGUCAACACUUCCGGAUUCUUGUCCACCCCUCAGCUGCUUGAGGCAUCCUUCAGUCACCAUGACGAACAGCAGCAGCGACGAUGAAUACAAACCCGGUACGGUCCACCAGGAAAAGUUCGACACUCCACCAGCCCACUAUGACACCGACACCGACGGUAUCGAGGAGAAGCGCCUAGUCCGCAAGAUCGACUGGAGACUGCUUCCCAUCCUCGGCGCCCUGUACUCCAUCUCCCUCAUCGACCGCACCAACAUCGCCAACGCCCGCGUGGCAGGCAUGGGCGCGGACCUCGCCCUCAACGUCGGCGACAGAUACACCACCGCGCUCGUGAUGUUCUUCCCGACCUAUGUCAUCUUCGAGUUGCCGUCCAACAUCGUGCUCCGCAAGGUCGGCAGCGCGAACUGGCUCGCCUUCAUCGCCGUGUCCUGGGGCGCCGUCAUGAUCGGCCAGGGCUUCGUCAAGAGCUGGCAGGCGCUGACUGCGUGCCGUGCGCUACUCGGUCUAUUCGAGGCGGGUUUCUUUCCUGGAUGUGUGUACUUGAUUACAUGUUGGUACAAGCGACGCGAGAUGCAGAAACGUCUAGGUGGAUUCUACCUCGUCGCCGUCGGCAUCGGCGGCAUCGCCAACAUCCUGGCCUACGGCAUCAUGCAGAUGGAAGGCGUCGGCGGCGUCCGCGGCUGGCAGUGGAUCUUCAUCCUCGAGGGCAUCCUGACGUGCGUCGUCGCCAUCUGCUCGUGGUUCCUGAUCCUCGACUUCCCGGACAAGGCGGCCAAGCAGGGCUUUCUCAGCGAAUCUGAGGCGAACUUUGUGCUCCGCAGGAUCGAGGAGGACCGUGGCGACUCCGAGAAUGAUCCCCUGACCUGGGCGAAGGCGACAACACACCUUGGAGACUACAAGUUGUGGGCGUUUUGCACGCUUUUUAUGUCAACAACCGUACCCGUAUACGCAUUCGCCUAUUUCACUCCUGUAAUCCUUGUGGGCAUGGGCUACAGCGCUGGCGUCGCCAACGCGCUCUCCGCACCCCCCGCCAUCGCCGCCAUGAUCACCGCCUUCGGCUUCGCCUGGAUCGGCGACAAAUACCAGCUGCGCGCGCCCAUCAUCGCCAUCCAAUCCGUCAUCUGCCUCGUCGGCCUGAUGCUCGUCGCCUACGUCGAAAACAACGGCGUCCGCUACUUCGGCGUCUUCCUGGGCAUCAUGGGCGGCCAGGGCAACGUCCCCGCCAUCCUGACCUACCAGGCGAACAACAUCCGCAUGCAGUCCAAGCGCAGCGUUGCAUCAGCUCUGCAGAUCGGCUUCGGGGGAAUCGGCGGCAUCCUCGCGAGUACGGUGUUCAGGCAGCAGGAUGCGCCCAAGUAUGUCGUUGGGCUGUGGGUCAGUGCGGGUCUGCAGUUUUACACGCUCGCGGUGCUGGCGGCGACGAGUUGGCUGUUUUGGAAGACGAAUAAGAAGGCGGAUGAGCAGUUGGCGAGGGGCGAGACGGUGGAUCCUAUCGAGGGCCAGGUUGGGUUCAGGUAUACGAUCUAGGGGGGAUCGUGGGUGUCAGGUGUCGGGCUUCAUCCCAUGUGGCUUGAGAUGGAAGCGCAAUAUGUACUGUUCCGAGCGAGGACUCGCUAUCAGUGUGAGUCGUGGUGCCUUUUUGGCUUGCCUGCCUCAGCGGCUCGGGGUUGAGGCCUGACAUCAGGGGCGGCGGAAUUAAUUUGAUCAUCUGCAAGAAUCUGACGCGGUUUACUGCAACACCAUGGUUGGUUAGUGACAAAGGGAUGUGUGAGAUUGAAUUUGAGUCUUGCAUUGAUGCAUGCCGGUAUGGAAUGCUGGACACUAUUCGUUGCACACACGUGAGAGUGGCAGCGAUCAUAUGCAUUCACAGUAGUGUUUGAUAUCGCGAUCCGCGCAAUCUCCGAUCCGUCUUGACGGGCCCUCUCAUCCCCAUCUAUUUCCACGUCUCGAUCUCGUAGCUCGCCAACAUAAACGGCCCCACGCCCUUCAAAUCGUUCACCGCAAGCGGCACGCUAAUAUAGU